CUCUCUCUCUCUCUCUCAGACCUUCACGCCUUCACGCAUAGAACUCCUCCCGGCUCCCCCAACUCUCUCUCUCUCUCUCUCUCUCUCUCUCUCUAUCUGCGUAGACGUGUAUACACAUAGAAACAGAUACGGUCACUGAUUUGUGUAUAAAUUACUGUUGUAGUUACCGUUGCAUUUGUAAAACACACAAUGGAUUCUCUCUCAUUGAUUUCCCCUUCAAUUGUACUCCCCCCAACGAACCCCCUCCGCCACCAACGCCGGCGGCGACGGUUCACCGUCUCGCCAAGCCCUAUCCCCCACCGUCUCCCCUCUCUCUCCUCUCUCCUCUCCGUUUCCUACUCCCCUGAACCAUCUGGAAGGAGAUUCACAGCUAGAGGAGCGGCAGCGGACAAAAACGACGGUGUGGAGAGUGGAAAGGAAGAGCACGAGAGCGAGGAGGAGGUAGAGGAAGUGGAGAGGGCUCUUCGGAUGGAGGGGGGAAUACCGGGGACGUCUAACGAGUUCGUGGAGAGAGUGUCGUCGCGCGCUUACGACAUGCGGAGGAGUCUCCAGCAGACGUUUGAGAGCAGCAGCUAUGAUGUUUUGGAAACCAACCCAUGGAGAGAAACUUCAAAGCCUGUAUAUGUACUGACCCACAGGGAAAACCAGUUAUGCACAAUGAAAACCCGAACAAAUCACAGUGAAGUUGAAAGAGAGCUUGGAUUAUUGUUUUCUAAAGGUGAAAAUCAGAUGCGUGUUGAGGAUGUUAGAGAGGGAGUGCUAGUGUUUGAAGACGAGAAAGAAGCUGCCAAUUACUGCGACUUACUGGAGGGAGGAGGUCAAGGUUGUGAAGGCAUCGCAGAGAUAGAAGCCUCAUCGGUAUUUGAUCUUUGCCGGAGAAUGGGGGCUCUCGCAGUUCUGUUUCGCCGAGGGAGGACUCCACCUGUACCUGAAAACCUCGACUUUAACCUGAGGGCUCGUAAGCGGUCCCUUGAGGACCAGGAAGACAUAAUUUGAAUCAGAUCACAUUGGUGGAAAAGAUUUUCCGAGAAUGUAUUGGCACUGGUGUAUUAUCUCUCUAACCACUUUACAGUUACAUUGCCAGUUGAUAAGAAAAGUUGAAUCAAACUGCUUUACCAUUUGGAGAAGGAUAUCUUUAUACAAUACAAGUUCAUUUUCAUUUCAA